ACUUAUUUUAUUCAUAUAGAAAGCUACAUGUUAGCAAAAUAGCAAUGAUUUUUAGCUUUUCCAUCAACCUUAAGUGAGACAACGUAAGACUUUUUUCAUCUUAGCACUUAUGAAAUAUACUGCUUCAGGGCCUAAUACACUAAUAAGCUGGACUCACAGCUUGUUAUCAAUGGCAAUUUCUCUGCUCUCUCUCAAGUCCAUGCAAGUUCUAUUUUUCAUACUUAACUACCUUUUUGCUUCCUAUAUCAGUGCUCAGUCACCACCUACCAAUGGCGCAAACUUUUCCUGCUCGAAGUCAUCCACCUCAUGCUCAACAUAUGCUGCGUAUUUUGCCCAGGAACCAGACUUUUUGGACCUGCAAAACAUAUCUGAUCUGUUUGGAACCAGCCCCCAAGAGAUAGCAAGAGCUAGUAACUUGGCUUCUGUGGAUACCCAGUUGUUCCCAGGCCAACUAUUGUUGGUACCUAUAACCUGUGGUUGCACCCGGAAGCAUUACUUUGCCAAUAUCACUUACAAAAUCAAGCCUGGUGACACCUUCUACAUAGUUUCAGCCACUAUUUUUGAGAAUCUCUCCAAUUAUACUGAAGUGGAAGACAUGAACCCUGAUCGACAUCCAAGAAAAUUGCAGGUUGGUGACAAAGUGGUAUUUCCUUUGUUCUGCAAGUGCCCUUCCAAAGACCAAUUGGAGAAUGGAAGUACUGAAUUUUUUAUUAGCUAUGCAUGGCAACCCAAUGAUAGUGUUUGGAGUGUAAGUGCUAAGUUCAAUGCAUCACCACUAGAUAUUGUUGAUGAAAAUAAGUUAAAUAGUUACCAGAAUAUUAGCUUGGCAGUAAUUCCUCCAUUGAUGAUCCCUGUGUUGAAAUUGCCGGUUCUCUCUCAAACUCACCUCUCUCCUUUGAGAGGAAACAAAUCCAAACAUCAGAGGAUCCUGAUUGUUGUUAUAAGCACAGUAGUCUUUUUGUUUAUUUUCCUUUUAGCAGCUUGGUUAACGUAUGAGAGAAAGAAGAUGUUUAAGCGCAAUGGUUCCUCUUUGGAAACGGUUGGUUUGAAUACAGCGAAGGCACUUACAAAAAGUGAAAGUUUCCAGCCACAGAUCAUACAAAACAAGCUACUGCCUGGAGUUUCUGGCUACUUAGGCAAGCCCAUCAUGUAUGAGGCUGACGUGAUUAUGGUAGCGACCAUGAACCUCAAUGAGCACUGCAGGAUUGGAGGAUCCGUGUACAGGGCCAUUAUUGAUGGGAAACUGUUAGCCAUAAAGAAAACAAAGGAUGAUGUUACAGAGGAACUAAAGAUUUUACAGAAAGUAAAUCAUGCAAAUCUGGUGAAGUUAAUGGGUGUCUCAGCUGAUUCAGAUGGCAAUUGCUUCUUGGUUUAUGAAUAUGCUGAAAAUGGAUCACUGGAUAAGUGGUUGCAUGCGAAAUCUUCAUCUUCCUCAAGCCAUGUAGCCUUUCUCACCUGGAGCCAGAGGUUGCAUGUAGCACUUGAUGUGGCCAAUGGUCUGCAAUACAUGCAUGAACACACUCAACCAAACAUCGUCCACAGGGAUAUCAGAACAAGUAAUAUACUUCUAGACUCCACGUUUAGGGCCAAGAUUGCUAAUUUCUCCAUGGCUAGAACCACUACAAAUACUGUAAUGCCAAAAGUGGAUGUUUUUGCGUUUGGGGUUGUACUGUUAGAGUUGCUCUCAGGAAAGAAAGCCAUGGCAACAAAAGAAAAUGGUGAGAUUUUCAUGUUGUGGAAGAAUCUAAGGGAAGUCUUAGAAAUUGACGAGAAGAAGGAGAAGAGGCUAAGGACAUGGAUGGAUCCAAACUUGGAGAGCUUUUAUCCCAUUGAUGGUGCCAUAAGCUUGGCAACAUUGGCCAUGGCCUGCACACAAGAGAAUCCUCUGGCUAGGCCAAGCAUGGCAGAAAUCGUCUUUAGCCUUUCUGUUCUUAUUCAGUCAUCUUUUGAGAAAUCAGAAGGCUCUUGGGCUUCAGGGAUAGAAACAGAACUUGCUCAAAUCAUCAAUCCAGUCAUAGCUCGUUGACAGUUGCAGUGAAUCCCUAGGUUCAUGUAAUAUCCAAUAAGGAAUGAUCUAAUGUACAGAUUUUGCCUGGUUUUCAGUUUUGAAGAUGUGUGGCUUGUGUUUUAUGUGAAGAACAAAAGCAAUAGUGCAAUUGUUAAACCUCAAACAGGUCCAUAUAAUCUAUGUACACAAUUUACAGAAGAAUUAAGUGUAUUAUUGAAACUGGAAUGAAGAAUGCUAUUUACAGAUAUAGUUU